AUGCCUCAGGGUCUGCUGACAGACGGCACCCACCUUCCCAGAGCCAGGCUGCAGCGGGAGCUCCUUCAGACAGACCCCGGGCUUAAGAACCUGGCUUGGGUCAGGAGAGGACGGAUGACGAAGCACCUUGACCUCAUCCAGGGAAGCAGAGCCCUGGCCAUCUGCCUCCCGAGGCUGCGAACGCCGCUCUGCACGCAGGAAAGGAGCUGCCCAGGCUGUGGCCCCUUCAACCGCUGCGGAGGCCCUGCCCUCUCUGGGGGUCGUGGUUGCUGGGGCGAUGAGACCAAAGCCAGGUCUGAUGGGGAGCACCCGGGCACCGUCCCCACGGCCACCCCUCAGCCCGGCCCCCAGAUCGUCCUCGGUGCUGAUCUGACCCAUGGCACCCCCCUCCCCCACCCCAGGAUAAGCCCAAGCGCCUUACAUGGUUUAUGA